AGGGGGCGCUCGCUGUCGGUAACUUUCGUUGAUAACUCAAACAUCGGCAAUUCGUUCAACUUCAGUUCGAUCACUCUUGGCCUUGUUCUCCCCAGCGCUUAGCACUUUAUCUAAUAGACGCCCUAUAUAUCUUAACUAUCUGUCCAAGAAGGCGCCAGCUUGGUUUGGUGACAAAACUGUCGGGCCUUGCCAAGUCAUAUUUUAUCUUUCACAAUAGACAAUCGGCAUUACCUGGCUCAUACACCGCUCCCGUUCAAAUAUCAUCGGCACCUGAGAUACCUCUAACAAUCAUUCGCCAUCAGCAGACAUGACCAUCGCUCCUGUCAAUAUUCGUGUAGGGGUAGAUGUAGGUGGUACGAAUACGGACGCUGUCAUACUCGAUUUGACUUCUGGAUGCUCAAAACCUGUCCUUGCCGCUCACAAAGUGCCGACGACAGCCGAUAUCGCCUCUGGCAUCCAAGCAGCUAUCAAGGCUACAUUAGAGAAGGCUAGCAUGGACAGGUCUCAGGUUCAAGCUGUUGCCAUUGGAACAACAUCUUUUGUCAACAGUCUAAUCGAGCGAGAUGGAUCCAAACUUGAGAGAGUGGCCGUGAUCAGACUGUCAGGGCCGUUUAGCAAGCUCGCACCACCAUUCGUUUCAUUCCCUUAUGAGCUCCGACACGUGCUAGAAGGGCCGACUUUCUUCGCUCAAGGUGGCCUGCAAGUGGACGGGACUGAAAUUACAGCGGUUGAUCCUGUUGAAGUUCGAGGUAUUUGUGCCGAGAUCCAACGCCAAGGUAUUAAGUCCGUAGCAGUGUCUGGGUGCUAUUCGCCAAUCGACAACGACAUUCGUCAAGAAGAGCUUGUAAGGGAUAUCAUCCUGGACGAGCUUCCGGGUAUAAAAGUGUGCAUCAGCAAGGAGGUCGCCAAUGUUGGUCUCUUACAAAGAGAAAACGCUACCAUCCUCAACGCGGGUCUACUCGCCUUUGCCAAUCACACGGUCGAAGGCUUCCGAGAAUCAAUCCGGGCCCUUAGCCUCUCUUGUCCCCUCUUCCUCACCUCCAAUGACGGUACCCUCAUGACAUGCGAAAUGGCUGCCAGAUUCCCUAUCAAAACCUUCUCCAGUGGACCUACCAACUCCAUGCGAGGUGCAAACUUCCUGGCAAACUUGGAGUCCCAGGAGAAAAAUAAGGAGACAGCUCUGGUUGUUGACGUAGGAGGAACUACGACUGAGAUUGGUGUACUUUUACCGUCUGGCUUUCCUCGCCAAGCGGCAACAUAUCAUGAGCUUUGUGGCGUUUCUCUCAAUUUCUCCAUGCCUCAUGUGCAUUCCAUCGGUCUCGGUGGCGGUUCUCGUGUUCGAAAAGACGCAUCUGGCAAGAUUGCCAUUGGUCCCGACUCCGUUGGGUACAGAAUUCAUGAGCUUGGCCUCAUAUUCGGUGGUGAUAUCCUUACAACCACCGAUAUCAUUAUAGCUGCUGGUUCAUCCACUCCUUUCGGCAACCCAGAGCUUGUCAAGAAUAUUCCAAAAGAGGACAUCAAGGCGGUUCAAGGCAAGAUCAAGUCUAUGCUCGAAUCCGCUGUUGAUGGGAUGAAGACUUCUGCCACAGAUGUACCUCUUUACUUGGUCGGUGGUGGUGCCAUUCUAGUCCCCGACGAACUCAAGGGAGUCAGCAAAGUUUAUCGUUUCCCCUACUAUGACGCUGCCAAUGCUGUUGGGGCUGCAUGCGCCCAAAUUUCUGGAGUAAUCGACACGUUUGAGGAUACCUCUUCCUUAUCAAUGGGAGAAGUUCAGAGGAUGGUGGAACAACGGGCAAUUAACAAAGCUGUGGCAGCUGGUGCCGACCCUAAUGAAACUGUGGUGGUGGAAAGCGAGGCUAUUCCUAUUGCUUAUACAACUGGUCGAUGUAGGUUUUACGUCAAAGCUGCCGGUGAAUGGAGAGGGUCCGUUUCUGCCUCGGAUGAUUCCAGACUUCAGAAUGCCAAGCCAUCUUUCAUCUGGGACAAAAUUACUCGCGUCACUCCUAUACCAGCUGCCAAUGCCAAUCGACAAAUUCCCGACAAAGACAUUGCUUAUUCCACCCCUGAACUCCUGGAAUACAAGCCUAAAGUCAUCGAUGGUGAAUGGUUUCUCUCCGAGAUCGACAUCGAAUGGAUAUCCACUGGCUGUUAUAUCCUUGGUACCGGCGGCGGUGGUAACCCACACAAUGUCUACUUGGCUCUGCGUGAAAUGAUGCGUGCAGGCUCUAAAUGUAGAGUGAUUGACUUUGAGAGUUUUGAUCCCAACAAGAUGGUGGUUUACGGAGGAGGAAUUGGGUCCCCAGAGGUCGCUGCUGAGAAGCUCAUGUCGGAUAAUGCAGGACACACAAUCAAGGCUCUCUUAGACUUUAUGAAGAUUGAAAACCUUGGAGCUCUUACUGCAAUUGAGAUUGGUGGAGGUAACGGCAUGGUGAACAUGGUGUCUGGAGCCAGCGAUUACCUUGAUGUUCCGGUUCUCGACGGUGACUUCAUGGGGCGCGCAUACCCUACUGGCUGGCAAACUACGCUAAAUGUUUAUGCUAAGGAUGAUUCUGGCUCUAUCAUGCUACCAAACGCCAUGACCAGCGGUGAUGGUACCACCAUCUUCAUGACAACCGCCAAGCACUACAAAGAUAUCGAUCGGGUCCUUAGAGGUGCAUGCAUUGAGAUGGGCACCAGCGCCUCGGUCGCCGCCCGACCGCUCACCAAAGCAGAGAUUGAAAUCCCUCUGAUUCGAAAUACCAUUUCUCAGUCAUGGCGUCUCGGUCGUGCUGUCGCCCUUGCCAACAGACAAGCUGACAUUGGCAAUAUUGGAAGAAUCCUUGUGGACGCUCUUGGUGGUCCGAAAGCGGCAAAGGUGUUAUUCGCGGGCAAGAUACAUGCCGUCGGAAGGAGGUUGCACAAGGGUCACAGUUAUGGAGAGAUCGAGAUCCACGCUAUGUCGGGCGAUGAAGAAGGAGUCGAAGAGGGGAUGAAUGAAAAGUUUGAAGGUGUUAUGAAAAUUCCAUUCAAGAAUGAGAACUUGCUGGCCGAACACACUGUCAACAACAAAACUGAAGUCGUUGCUGGUGUACCCGAUCUUAUUGCUGUACUUGACGCACAAAAUGGGACAGCUCUCGGCACUCCUGAAUACAAGUAUGGUCUACGGGUGAUUGUCAUUGGUAUCACUGCUGCUCCUCAAUGGACAGACACUCCCCGCGGCUUGGAACUUGGCGCCUUACCGGCAUUUGGAUACGAUUUACCUUACAAGCCUCUGGGGGAGUACGUCAAGCCAAGGAGUGUGAUUGAAGAGUAUAAUGUGGAUGUGUAAGCGACCACUGUUGGGAGAAGAAUUCUUGUUCUGUUGUUUGAGAUAUCGGCACGAUCUGUAUGCAUCAGUAAUUCUUUGAAACUUCGCUGACAGUUACAGUUUAAGGUCUGCAAGCCGAUUGCUGCAACUCAUAAUAAAAAAUGAAUGUAAUAGCCAAAAAUUAAGGACAAAUGGGACAGAAUAUUAUACACAAGAAGUGUGUGCGCGCAUUUGGCAGAAGUAAAAAGCCGAUGUCAACCGACGGCGGGCAACGGGCACGAUGGUUAAAUCACCGACGGGCAUUGCGGCGG